AUGGCCAGCGUCCCCGACAAGGUCGGCGGCGGCCGUGAUGCCGUGCAUACCUCGGAGACGUCCAGCACAACUCAGGCCGAUCAAAUCCAUGCGGUCAUGAGCGAAAAAUCGGACAACGAUGGGCAGUACGAACUCGAGAACACUACCCCAUCUGGGCGGGUCGAGCUCACGGAGGAUAUGUGCUACGACCAACUCGGAUACUCCUUCUCCGAGAAGCGCAAGUGGAUGAUCAUCACCGUUAUCUUCCUGGUACAAGUCUCCAUGAACUUCAACACCUCCUUGUACUCGAACGGUCUGAAUGGAAUUUCGGAGGAGUUUGGCGUUUCCCUGCAAGCAGCGCGUUGCGGUGCCAUGAUUUUCCUGGUCUUGUACGCUUUCGGCUGUGAGCUGUGGGCACCAUGGAGUGAAGAAUUGGGUCGCAAGCCCAUUCUGCAACUUUCCCUCUUCCUUGUCAACGUCUUCCAGCUGCCCGUGGCGCUGGCGCCCAACUUCGCCUCCAUCAUGGUUGGCCGUGCUCUCGGUGGUCUUUCUUCCGCCGGUGGCUCUGUAACUUUGGGUAUGAUUGCCGAUCUUUGGGAAUCCGACACUCAGCAGUACGCUGUCGCCGCCGUCGUCUUUUCUUCCGUUGGCGGAUCAGUCCUCGGUCCUGUGAUCGGUGGUUUCGUCGAGGCCUACCUUCCUUGGCGCUGGAACAUUUGGAUCCAGUUGAUCUUUGGCGUCUUCGUUCAAAUCAUGCACUUCUUCAUGGUCCCGGAAACCCGAACUACCGUCUUGAUGGACCGUAUUGCGAAGAAGAUGCGCAAGAGCGGCGAGCAUCCCAACAUCGUCGGCCCCACUGAGGGCAUGUCCUUCCGUCAACGUUUCCCCCCUCGGGAACUCAUGCUCACUUGGAUCCGUCCUUUCCGCAUGUUCCUCACAGAGCCCAUUGUCUUGACCCUUUCUCUGCUGAGCGGUUUCAGUGAUGCCCUGAUCUUCAUGUUCAUUCAGUCUAUGUCCCUGGUCUACGGACAGUGGGGAUUCAACACCUGGCAGAAGGGCCUGGCUUUCAUUCCCAUUGUCGUUGGCUACUUCAUUGCUUGGUUCUCGUGGUUCCCCAUUAUCCGCCGUAAUGUCAAGGAGCGACGCGAUAACCCGGAUAGUGAACGCGCUCAGUACGAGUCUCGUCUGUGGUGGCUGCUGUAUACCGCUCCCUGCCUGCCCAUCGGCCUGAUUGGCUUUGCAUGGACCAGUUUGCCCCAGUGCCACUGGAUCGGCUCUAUGAUCUUUGCCGCCAUUAUUGGUAUUGCCAACUACGCCAUCUACAUGGCCACCAUCGAUUACAUGAUCUGUGCCUAUGGUCCCUACUCUGCGUCCGCAACCGGUGGCAACGGAUGGUCCCGAGACUUCCUGGCCGGUGUACUCACCCUCCCCGCUACGCCUUUCUUUACGAACAUUGGCGGCAAAUAUCAUCUCGAAUAUGCUUCCACUAUUCUUUUCUGUAUCUCGGUUGUGUUGGUCAUUGCAGUCUACGUGAUCUACUGGAAGGGUCCGGAGCUCCGCAAGCGCUCCCCGUUCGCGCAGCGACUCUCAGAGGCCCGCCACGACGCGACCAUUACAGGUCGCCGCGCAUCCAAGGUACCGAUGUCGUCGCGUGCCAAUUCCUACGCUCGGUCACAGCAGGAUCUCCGCAUUCGUCACACCAUGGGCAGCCGCCCCGGCUCCCGCGUCACCUCGCGGGCCAACUCCCGAGCCAACUCGCGCCGCAACAGUAUUGUUGCUCCUUAA